AUGGCCAUGGAGAUUGUCAAGCACGGCGAGGAGGAGGAGUUCGCCAUCAAGCCUCAGGCCUCUGUCCCUCACCUGGACACGAGCAGCUGGCCUCUGUUGCUCAAGAACUACGACAAGCGCAACCCUCUGAAGAGAGACAUCAAGUCGUACAUCUCUUCCGGUGUCAUCAACCUCGACAAGCCCUCCAACCCCAGUUCCCACGAGGUUGUCGCUUGGGUCAAGCGUAUUCUUCGGUAUGCAAUUCCCAUUUCCUCGUUCUUUUGUUUGCGCAGCAAUGCCCCGCGCCCAAUCGUGCGAUUAGCCCCCCGACAUCGAAGACGAUAUUCUCUACGGCAAUGUUCUACAGGAAAGCUCAGCAUCAAUGGCGGUGCCUGGCCAGCGAAUUCCGAUGACGACAGAUGCACUUUGCAGAGUGUUCUACACGAUGCGGUCAAAGACUUCCCUGAAGGACAACUCCCAACGAACUUACGAGCCGAUGGUCAUGGCCUUAACGGAAACAAUGCAACACAUUCUGGCAUGUCAUUUUGGAAGAACUACAAACUGCCAUGGGAAGGCAUGCUUCGCAAGACAUUCGUCAGAACUCGUUUGCCCGGACCACCGUGGGACUGCGGCGUCUUGGGACAGUGGAUGCUGCCAUUGCCCGUUGAGAAGACUGGUCACAGCGGUACCCUUGAUCCCAAGGUCACUGGUUGUUUGAUUGUUUGCGUCGACCGUGCCACCAGACUCGUCAAGUCCCAGCAGUCGGCUGGUAAGGAGUAUGUUGCCGUCAUCCGCCUUCAUGACAAGCUUCCCGGCGGCAAGGUCCAGUUCGCCCGCGCUCUGGAGACUUUGACUGGUGCCCUCUUCCAGCGCCCUCCUUUGAUCUCUGCCGUCAAGCGUCAGUUGCGUAUCCGUACCAUUCACGAGAGCAAGCUCAUCGAGUUUGACAACGAUCGCCACCUCGGUGUCUUCUGGGUUUCCUGCGAAGCUGGAACCUACAUCCGUACCCUCUGCGUCCAUCUCGGUCUUUUGCUGGGUGUCGGAGGCCACAUGCAGGAGCUCCGAAGAGUGCGCAGUGGUGCCAUGGGCGAGAGCAAGGAGAUGGUUACUCUGCACGACGUGCUUGAUGCUCAGUGGACGAUGGACAACACCAGGGAUGAGUCUUACCUGCGCAAGGUCAUCUCUCCUCUGGAGACUCUUCUCACUGGCUACAAGCGUAUUGUGGUCAAGGACAGUGCUGUCAACGCUGUCUGCUACGGUGCUAAGCUUAUGCUUCCCGGUCUUCUGAGAUACGAGUCCGAAAUUGAGGUUCACGACGAGGUUGUUCUCAUGACCACCAAGGGUGAGGCCAUCGCUCUCGGCAUUGCCCAAAUGUCCACCGUCGAGAUGUCGACAUGCGAUCACGGUGUUGUUGCCAAGGUCAAGAGAUGCAUCAUGGAGCGCGACCUGUACCCCAGAAGAUGGGGUCUCGGUCCCCUCGCCUCGGAGAAGAAGAAGAUGAAGGCCGAUGGCAAGCUCGACAAGUACGGCCGCCCCAACGAGGCCACUCCCGCCAAGUGGGUAUCCGAGUAUAAGGAUUUUGGUGCUCCUGCUGGUGAGGCUGCGGCUGCAUCGGCGGCUCCAGCCACUCCCCAAAAGGCGGUGGAGACGACGACGGCAACUCCCAGCGUCGCAGUCACCCCUGCCAACGCCGAGGAUGAUGGCGAAUCCAAGAAACGCAAGAAGCACGAGGGCGAGACACCUGACGAGAAGGCGGAGCGCAAGCGUCGGAAGGCUGAGAAGAAGGCGGCCAAGGCCGCGAAGAAGGCAGCCAAGGGUGAAGCUGACGACGAUGACGACAGCGAAUAA